AUGGCCACUCAUACAUUAGUAACGUCUAACCCAUUAACUUUGAAUGAUUCAUUACAAAACUAUUUAUUAUCACCAACAUUUUUGCCAAAUAAUGUUUGGAAAACAACAUUUUCACCAUGUUCACAAUAUCUAGCCAUCCCUAAACAAGAUAUCUAUGGCGGAGACUGUAUUGUCAUCAUUCACUGUCAAGAUUGGCAUACAAAUGAAAAAGUAGAUCAGUUCUAUAUUUAUGAGCGAUUCGCAUGCUCGUCAGCUGUUUGGUCACUGGCAUUCGGCCAGCGGAUACUGAAAUUGGAUUUCUCUGAACGACAACGUUCGACUUCAUCAGUAAAUCGUCGCUUUGAUUUUACCAGAAACUUAUUUCUAGCUGCUGGUCUAGCGGAUGGAAAGAUUAAUAUUUGGAAUGUCGAGUCAAAAGAAUUAACUUUAACUCUAAAUGAUCAUCAAUCAACUGUAUGUGGGUUAGCGUUCACUUCUUGUAGCAUGCAAUUAGCAUCCUGUUCACAUGAUACAACGAUCAAACUAUGGGAUUUACUAGACGAUGGUAAAUUCUUCGGAAGAAAAGAAUCAUGGUUGAAAUAUUCUCGUUUAGGAAAUAUGUAUAAAACAUUGAAGAAUUGGACACAUGUUAUCAAUACUGUCAAAUGGUCACCGAAUGGAAAACUUUUGUGUGCAGUUGGUCCACAUCAAUUAGUGACACUUUACAAUACAAAGACAUGGACUGAGAUGUUCAACUUUGACGGACAUCUACAUAAUGUGGUGGAUUGUGCUUUUUCAUCAGAUAGCGCUCUUUUGGCGACUGCUUCGUUUGAUACUCAUAUUCUGCUUUGGUCAACGGUAACUGGCGAAUUGUUGAAGGAAUUUUUGCAUAUAAUCCCUAAACCAAUGAAAAUCUAUGCCGGAGGUGAGAAUGGUUCAUUCGUUCGAUCGGUUAUCUUCACCAAAUUCGAUCAACAUAUCAUCAGCACAUGCGACGACAAUUUUGUUCGCUGGUUUCCUGUGAAAUCAGCAUACCGAACCGGUUCAAUUCAUCGACAAACACAAAAUAAUGUUCUUUGCGUGUCGACCACAACUGAUGGCAAAACGAUGGCUGUAGGCACACGCACGGGUCAAGUGCAUCUUUGGUCCAUGUCUGCAACCUGUCAGCUACCAUCAUUAAAAAGUUUUUGUCGAAUUCUCAUCAAUCAUCAAUACAGCAACAUCAUCAAUUUACCGAUCUCACAAUAUUUAAUCAGUUAUCUUUUAUACAAAGAUAUUCAAGUCAAGUAG